AUGGCAGAUCCUGCUGUAACAAUUCUGUCCAAGAUCCUCCAUGGGCAUGUAGAUGACCUACUCCGUGAUUCAUCGCCGUAUGAGUUGCUGAUAGGUGACAAAAUCAAUGACAAUUUGCUUCAAAGAGCCAGAUUGUGGGCCAAGUGGCAGGACUUACUGUCCAGUACUGGUAGCAAUGUCACGGCAAAUGUCAUUACGGAGAUUGAACUUACCAGAGCUGCGUUCGUGAUAGCCUAUGCUGUAGUUAAUCCCCGUGAAUUGCGGGCAGAUUUAGAUGUAGAUCGGCUUGCAGAUAGUGCCAAGGUGUCCCACCCAUCGCAUGCUGACAGCCAGAGACAUAAGCUAGCAAAAUAUUUCCACUGUCCUUCAUUUGGUUCAAUAUCAGAGCUGGCAACAUUUGUUGACAGGCAUGGAAGGAUUCUCGCUUGGUAUUUGCCAGAAAUCAUGGUGCCUGAUAGAAUGGAUCGUGUCAACCAGUCCAUCAAAUUGCUGAGACCUGCCUUAGAUCAGUCUUUGCCCAAGCCAACUCAGAAGGCAAAGCAGCCUUGGCGUUCUCAAGGAUUUGUCAUGCCUUCAGGUGGGGGAGAGUUUGGAGUAGGAAGGGUGACCUUAUGCCCCGGAGGAUUCAUGCAACGUCAUGAGGUAACUUUAUAUUAA